AUGCGAGAGAUCUUGCACGUUCAAGGAGGCCAAUGCGGUAAUCAAAUUGGAUCCAAGUUUUGGGAGGUUAUCUGCGAUGAACACGGCAUUGAUCCUACCGGUAAGUACGUAAGCGAAGGCGGAAACGAUACUCAAUUGGAAAGGAUUAAUGUUUAUUACAAUGAAGCUUCUGGUGGACGCUAUGUUCCUAGAGCAGUUCUUAUGGAUCUCGAGCCUGGUACUAUGGAAAGCAUCAGAUCUGGUCCGUUCGGGAAGAUCUUUCGUCCCGAUAAUUUCGUUUUUGGUCAAUCUGGUGCCGGUAAUAAUUGGGCCAAAGGUCAUUACACUGAAGGUGCUGAGUUGAUUGAUUCUGUUCUUGAUGUUGUUCGUAAAGAAGCUGAAAAUUGUGAUUGCUUGCAAGGUUUUCAAGUUUGCCACUCGCUUGGAGGAGGCACAGGUUCUGGCAUGGGAACACUGUUAAUAUCAAAGAUUAGGGAGGAAUACCCAGACAGAAUGAUGCUCACUUUCUCUGUUUUUCCAUCUCCAAAGGUGUCUGACACAGUUGUUGAGCCAUACAAUGCUACCUUAUCUGUACACCAACUGGUAGAAAACGCAGAUGAAUGCAUGGUUCUUGACAAUGAAGCACUUUAUGACAUUUGCUUCAGGACAUUAAAACUCAGCACCCCUAGCUUUGGGGAUCUGAACCAUCUAAUUUCUGCAACCAUGAGUGGGGUUACAUGUUGUCUGAGGUUUCCCGGACAGCUGAACUCUGAUCUCAGGAAGCUGGCUGUCAAUCUGAUUCCAUUCCCACGUCUUCACUUCUUUAUGGUGGGUUUUGCACCUCUCACUUCUCGUGGCUCUCAACAAUAUGUAUCCCUUACCGUCCCGGAACUGACUCAGCAAAUGUGGGAUGCGAAAAAUAUGAUGUGUGCUGCUGAUCCCCGACAUGGCCGAUACUUGACUGCAUCUGCUAUGUUCAGAGGAAAGAUGAGCACCAAAGAGGUAGAUGAGCAAAUAAUCAAUGUGCAGAACAAGAAUUCAUCGUACUUUGUUGAAUGGAUUCCCAACAAUGUGAAGUCUAGUGUCUGUGAUAUUCCACCCAAGAAUUUGAAGAUGUCCUCCACUUUUAUUGGGAAUUCAACUUCAAUUCAAGAGAUGUUUAGGAGGGUGAGUGAACAAUUCACUGCUAUGUUUCGGCGCAAAGCCUUUUUGCAUUGGUACACUGGGGAGGGAAUGGACGAGAUGGAGUUCACAGAGGCUGAGAGUAACAUGAAUGAUUUGGUAGCAGAGUACCAACAAUACCAGGAUGCAAUUGCCGAUGAGGAAGAGUUUGAAGAAGAAGAAGGUGAGGAACACCAGUAUGCGGAGCAUUAG